AUGGCCUCACCAGGCAGGAGCCUCAUCAGCCUGCCCCGCUGCCAGGCUCUGUCCGGAGGCAGGGAUGCCAGGACCCUCAGUGCAAGAUUCCAGGAAGCAGAGCCUGCUUCUCAGGGACUGUCGCCAGGAGGUGUGAUUCAGGGCCUCCCCUGCCAGUAUUUCUGCCUAUUGCUGGUGAUCUUCCUCGUGGAGCUGGUGGCGGGGGUCCUGGCCCACGUGUACUACCAGAGGCUGAGUGAUGAACUGAAGCAGCACUUGGCCCAAACUCUGUCUGAGAACUAUGGGCAGCCUGGAGCCACGGAGAUCACCACCUCGGUAGACCGGCUACAGCAGGACUUCAAGUGCUGCGGAAGCAACAGCUCUGCAGACUGGCAGCACAGCGCCUACAUCCUGUCUCGGGAGGCCGAGGGCCGCCGGGUGCCCGACAGCUGCUGCAAGACGGUGGUGGUGCGCUGCGGCCAGAGGGCUCACCCCUCCAACAUCUACAAGGUGGAGGGAGGCUGCAUCACCAAACUGGAACAGUUCCUGGCCAACCACCUGCUGCUCAUGGGGGCGGUGGGCAUCGGGGUGGCCUGCCUGCAGACCUGUGGGAUGGUCCUCACCUGCUGCUUGCACCGGAGGCUCCAGCUGCAUUUUCACUGAUGGCCAACCGUGUCCCCCUCCAAAUUGCCCCUCACAAGGACAGGGGCCCAAAUCCCAUCUGCCAGACCUGUGGAGUCAACAUCAGCUCACCUAGAAACCCCCAGAAAGUCCCCAUUCCCUGUGCCCACCCCCUUCAAACCCACCAAGUACCCAACACCAUGGCUCCUGCAGUUCCUGGGACCUCAGCAACUCCCUCCACUUCUGAGUGCUCGCUGCGAGAACCCCCUGAGGGGACUGACCCUGCCAGGGACAACAGACAAGAGGCUUCCAUGGACCACAGGGAGGUGAGAGAGACUUGGACUCUGCUCCCUCCCAGCUCCUGAAACUACAUCGAAGGGCUGCAAACCUCGACCCCACUUGACCCCGCAUUCAGGGUGACCCCACCAGAGCUAAGCAGCCCUCCUCUUCCCAGAGCUAAGCAGCCCUCCUCUUCCCUCUGCGCAGGCUUUGGGGGCUUUGCUCGAGCCUCCAGAAAUGCGUCAGGGUGGGGCAGUUAGUGUUCUCUCUGCCCCCAGAAGGCCCAGGCCUUUGAUCUGCCCACUGGCAAACACCUUCUCUAGGGAAAGGAGUAUCCUGAUGGCCUGGCUCCUUGCUGCAGGGACUGGGAGUGGAGGGAACUGAGGCAGGCAGCCAGGAGCCGGGUUUGGGCAGUGGUCGGCCUGGUGGAGCUGCAGGCAGGGAACAAGGUGGGGAGAGUUGGCUACACCAGCACAUGCUGCAUCGGAACUGGCCGCCUGGGGGCCUUCCCCAGGAGAGGACCCCAGGGAGACAGGGCCCCAAGCCCCAGCCUCCAGGAAUCUGCCCCUUAGGAAUCUCUCUCAUCUCUGGCCUGAUUCUCAGGAUUGUCAAGGUUUUAAACUUUUAACUCUUAAUGUUGGUGAAGACCAAAUUGCAGAGCCUGCAAAGCUGGAGCCACUGAGAAGGUGAAGCUCCAAGUAGAGGGGUGCUCUGCCCUGUCUGUUGUCCUGGGUCCACGCUCCCUGACCACGGGACCACCACCACGCAGCCUCCAGGGGCCUCGCUCUGCUCGCCAAAGUGAAGACAGUCCCUUCCUACGGUUCUGUCUCGUGUGUCUGAAUUGGGGAAUCUUCAGGAAGAACUUUGCCAGGUACUAAGAACAGAAAGCAAAUCCUAGAAAAUACAGAGUGUAGAUGCCGGCAGUUUUGCAAAGAAUAGGCGUCAACUUCUAAGACAGCUACAGAGACCCCUCCAAGAGGCUGUGACAAGUAGGAGGCGCAAACAGGAAAACCCCACACGUCUUCCACACUUUCCUACUGAGUCCUGCAGUUCAGGGUCCUGGAGACCCUCCUCCGUUCCUUUCAUUCCACCUGCAAGAGGUGGGCUCUUGUUAUGCUAAAACCAAGGCCAAGAAAGGCCACCCUUGCCUCCCCACUGGGUCCAGUCCCCAGUCUGAUGAGCUCAGCUCUGGCUGAGUUGGGUCAGUCCUGGGUGAAGGGUAUUAUCUCUCCCAUACACGGUCACUGCUGUCCCCAGCACAGCCCUCAACUGUGCAGAAACUGCACACGCUCAGAACAGAGGCGGCCUCCCCCACAAAGGGAGGACCAGCUUCCCAGGGCACAUUGCCUCCCUGCCUUGGAGACUCUCCAGGGGCUGGUGGGGACCCUGGCUGGCUGAGCUCUCCCACCUGGAGGUCCUUGGGGUGGCUGAUACAAAUUCAUUAGGAGGGAGACCAGCUUUCCUAAAAAUCCCAGAUUCUUCCAAGGACAAAAGAAACAGUGGUGUGGUCCUCCAAGGGAAGUUGCUGCCUUCCAGCUUCCCGGGAUUCAUGCAGAUAAAUAAAAAGUGACGGUGACUCCCAAGCUCUUUGCAGGGCCAGGAGUCAGACCCACAAAUCUCACCAAGUGAGAGAAAGAGAGAGCCGUGCUCUCUUGCUGCCAGUGGGAGGGAGCUGCUGUGGCCUGUUACAUGUCUGCCCCUAGUGGGGUCCCUUCAUUCUUUACUGAGGCCACCCAGCCUGUGGAGAUGGGGAUAGGGGUGCUGGGUGGGCAUCACUUGCACAACUUUGUCACUGGGGAAGACCCAGGGGAGCCCGACAUCCUGCCCAACUUCCUGUCACACUAGGCAGCCUGGCAGAGGGCAGGAUGAGCUGUGACUCCUGGGCUGGGCAUCAUCUUGUCCAGAGAGUUACCAAGGAUGCUGGCUGGUCCAAGCUGCAGAGGGAGAGAA